AUGGACCCCCUUCUUUUUACUGCUCCUGCUCGUAUUCGAAUCUUACUCGUUCCAGUACAUCCUAUUAAAGCUACAACUUUUCAUAAACACGUUCAAUUAGUGAAAAACUUUAAUGUAGUAAGACUUGGGGACGUAACUCCGGAUAUGCGAGGUGUUCAAUCCAUGUUCAGCUCACAGCUCUUUCAUGAAGGUCAGCUACACUUUAAUUUCGUAACUUCUUAUGAGCCGGAACAUGCUUAUCUUGAAGAAUUUCAAAUGCAUCGUAGGAUUUUUGGGGUAAUUGAAGAUCAACCUGAUGAUACGAAAGGAUUAAUCAUGAUUCCUGAUGUUGGAAAAAUAGAUUUUUAUAUGGGCACAAUGAUCUCAGAUUUUGCAAAUAGUAUUCUUAACGAAUUCGGCAAUUUAGCUGCCGAUAUUGAAAGGAGACCAAUUGUACAUUCACCGAAAAUUCCAUCACAAAAUUUCUCCCAAUCUCAAUCGAUAAAUGGUCGAUACUCCACACCUCUUCAAUCAUUUUCAGCCCCUGAUUUAAAAUUACUUCAAACACCUCCAACUUUCCCACUUACACCCCCUGUUCAAGCUAUGACUACCAGUGGUGUUGGAGCUGCAGCAAAUAUUAGCCCUAAAGAUAAUUCCUACCAUAGUAGAUCAUUUUCAUCGUCAACACUCGUCAAUAUUGCUAAUGUUCCAAAUACAGUCGCUGAUAUUAAAUUAAAGAGGAGAGCAAAUGGUCGUAUUGAAAAAUUAAUCGCAGAUUUAUUUUUAAUGGCCGGAAGAUUACCUGAUGCUGUAUCUCAUUAUUCUCUCGCUAUUGAAACCACAAAAGCGAAUGGUGAUUAUUUAUGGCAAGGGUCAGCUUUAGAAGGAUUAUGUGUUGGAUUACUUCUUGCAGCCUAUCUCCAUACAGACGUUGGGCCUCAUUAUCUUCAACCUCCGUCUUCACCGAGUCCAAAUGAUUCAUCAGCUCCUUCAUCACCUGAGUCACCCCAAGCUCUUUGGAUAGAUAUAACUGAGAAAUAUGUUAAUAUCCUUACAUUAUAUGCCAAAACUUCGGGUCCUUCAAAUAAUCAAGUGCCUCCUUUAAUUUAUACGGAAGCUUGUUUGAAAGUUGCAAAAUUUUUGGCAUGCAUUUGGGUAACGGGUGGAUGGGGUGAUAAUGCAUUAAAACUAAGUGUUCAUGGUGGAACUCCUGAAAAGGGAUCAAACGAGAGAUGGGGAUUAAGUUCCGUAACUUUGUUAAUUUUACCACUUCUUUCUAAAUCACGUAAUUCGUCACCACAAAUUACUAAACCAUCGAUCGGAAGUGAAAGUGGAUUAUUAACUUGUUUGAAGAAAAUCGCGGAAAUUUAUGGUGUAGGAGAUGAUGUUGACCAAACAGAUUAUUCCGUGAUCGAUGAAGAUGCACGACCGCUCGAAUUCGGUUGGCCAGAUAUUCAAAUCGAUGUAAUAAAAGAUGCUUUAACGAUUUCUGAAGCACUUCCAGAUUAUCCAUCUAUGGUAAAAUAUACAACAAGACUCUUGCGUAGAUUGUUCAUGUAUAUGCACAGAGAUGAACAAAUUCGUUUAUCGACAUCAAUUCCACGUAUCGUUGGUGCUGGUAAAAAAUUAGGAUUGGAUAUGGAAUUUAAAUAUUGGGGCCUGAAUAUUGUAAAAGGAAUUCAAGUGUGUCGUCCAACAUCAAGGAGGAUACCUUAUCCACAUACUAACAAGAAAUUAUCUUUAAAGAAUGAGGAGAAGAAAGAAGGAGUUAGUCCUUUUAUUUAUCAAUCUUUUAAUAAAAAGAAAGUAGAGACUGCUCAGAUACAUUUGAUAGCAAAUGAAACUUCAUAUUUCCUAGUUACCUUAGCAAAUCCUUUUGCAUUUGAUAUGGAAAUUCAAAACAUAUCAGUGAGCACUGAUGGUAUAGCUUUCACUCCAAAUUCAAUUUCAACCACCAUAUUAGCUAAUACGUCUAUAACAUUAAGAAUUUCUGGAAUACCAACCGAGCCUGGAGAAUUGAUUGUUAGGGGAUGUAAAAUAAAAGUUCAUGGUUGUUUAGAACAAGAAUUUUUAUUUAUGACCGUUAUUAAGCGUUAUUUAAUGAGUAUUGGUUCAUUUUAUAGUGGCUUAGCCGCGUUAGAUUCGUACCAUAAAAAAGAUACUACAAUAUCGAACGAACAAGAUGAGAAUUCACCCAUUAAAAAACCUUUUAUUUCGGAAUUUUUAAAAGUUUCUGUUAUUAAUGAACAACCGUUAAUUAAGAUCAAAUCUACGUCAUUAAUGCAUGGAGCAAUGAUGUUAUUUGAGGGAGAACAAACUGAAAUGACAAUAAAACUUGAGAAUGUUGGAAAAACACCAGUUGAUUUCUUAAGUUUAUCAUUUAAUGAUUCAACGAUUGCCAAUGCACAAGCAUUAUUAAAUUCAGAUAUGCCAGCGGAGGAAGCAUAUGAAAUGGAAUUAUAUGCACAUAAGCAAUCAGUAUUUUCUUGGAAUAAAAAAGAUAACGUUAAAAUCUUACCAGGGAAUGAAUGUAUAGUUAAUAUCAAUGUAUUUGGAAAAAGAGGAUGCGUGAAUGGAACUAUACAAAUAGAUUAUGGAUAUCUUAAUCGGCCAAAUAUAUCAGAUGAUGAACCAUUUUAUACAAGACAAGUAUUUUAUCCAGUAUUAUUAACGAUCCAUCAAAAUUUAGAGACUAUAUCAAUGGAUAUACUUAAUUUUAAACCAUUAAAUGGAGAAGAAAAUUAUGAGUCAGUUAAUCGUGAUAUUGAAGAUCAAAGGAAUGGGAUGGUCGAAGAUUUGCUUAAAGUUAUGAAGUGGAACAAUAAAGGUACAAAGAAAGAUUUUAUGGAAAAAAUGGAAAAUGAUUAUUGUUUAUUAACAUUUGAUAUAAGAAAUGUUUGGCAUGUUGGAUUUGAUGUUACUAUCGAAACUGAUGAAGGCGAAGAUAUUGAUCCUUUGACCAUUACUACAACGAUUCAGCCUGCUUCAACUGCAAGAAUUAUAUUACCCAUUAAGCGAAUUUCACUUUCAGAGAAAGAAAAUACACAACCCAUUCCUUCACUUCUAGAAAAACAAUUUGUUGUCUCAAAAGGACCGAAGGGGACUAUCGAACAAGAAAGAUUGUCUCUAGCAUUAUUUUGGUAUAGAGAAAAGUUAUUACAAAAAAUCAAAGCUACAUGGGAAUCUUCAUUUACAAAUCAAAAAGGAAUAGUUGAUAUUAGAUCAUUGAGACUCAAUAAAUCAAUGUUAAAUGUAUUAAAAAUUAAUGAAGUAUCAUUUGGCAUUGAUAUGGAAGAUGCAUCAAAAGUAACUAAAUUAUCAUGUAAUCAAUUUAAAUGUCCUGUUAAUGAAUUUGUUAGAAUGAAAUUUGUUAUUUAUAAUAAUCAAGAUAAAUCAUGUAAAUUAUGUAUACGGAUUCAACCUGUACAAAGUUAUAGUGAUGGUAUAAUGGAAUGGGAUUUGUCUAAAAGAAUGGUUUGGAAUGGGUUAUUACAAACUCCUUUACCAAAGAUUGCACCAAAAUCUUCAAUAAUAUAUACUUUACCUAUAUGUUUUUUUUCAAGAGGAGACUUUAAAUUUUUAUAUCAUUGUGAAGAUGUUCAUACAAGAACAAUGUAUUUUGAUACGCAACCAUUAAUUGUUGAAGUUAUUGAUAGUUAA